AGGUAACAAUGUGUGAUUGUCCCAUUCUGGGACUAUCCCAAGAGGAAGACUAGUGAUACAUAAACACAGAUUGUCUGUGGGGGGGAUGAUCGGAUCUGAAGUAUUUGUGUCGAUCAUUUUUCGCUCGUUUUGCUGACUCAAACUCCUCCCAGUUUACUUCCUUCUUUCAGUUUUUGUAUAAACUCUCCCCGACUUCAGACUGCUGAAUACAGAACAUGAUUUACUGAGAAGCUGGAGAGACACCGGAGAGAAUUCUGCACCACCUGAUUGGACGCCGCUGCCCGACAAUGAAGCUGAUCCUGAUCUUCGGUAUGGCUUUUAUCCUGUUGGAGGCCAAGAAGACGGACCCGGGCGUUGUGGGAAGGCUGACUCUGAAGGGUCUAGAGUACGGUUGGAAAGUGGGGCUAGAAGAGCUGCAGAAGCAAUUGCCGACUAUCCACAUCCCCGACGUUGAGGGGUCCGUCAAAGUGACAUUAAUAGGACAUGUAAAUUACUACGUCACAGAGUUAAAGAUCGAGAACUUGGAUUUCUCCAAUUCAAGCCUUACCUAUUCCCCCGACACUGGAGUUAACGUGUCUAUCCGUCAAGGACAAUUUCAGAUCGUUGGACAGAUGAGGAUACACUGUUCUUUGUUUUCGGGGUCUUCUCGGAUGACGUUGUCGGUGCGGGGAUUUUCCGUGGCUGGAUCUGUCGGGAUAACCUGCGAUGACCUCGGCCAUGGCGCAGUAUGGGAUGCCGGCUGUCACUCCGAUGUUGACCGGGUGGAUCUCUCUUUUUCUGGAGGACACCAUAAAUGGAUCUUAAACAUGUUUAAAGGUGCCAUGAAAGGACCCAUCCGUUCCGCCAUUCGUUCCCAGAUCUGUCCCUCCUUUGAAAAAGCUGUGCAGCAGAUGGAGAAAACACUGAGCACUCUCCCAGUCUCCAUAGCGGUGGAUUCCGUGUCUGAGGUGGAAGUGGAUCUGGUGGGACCUCCGCUCAUUACAAGCGAACGUUUCGAUCUUCUUGUGAAGGGGGACUUUGUCGCCCAAUCACAGUCCUUGACGCCCUAUCAGCCGGAGAAGCUUGUGUUGCCCGAUGUUGACUCGCGCAUGUUGCUCGUGGCUUUGUCACAGUUCUCUGCCAACUCAGCCGGGUUUGUGCACUACAAAGCUGGGUUCCUGAAGUAUAAUGUCACCGAUGACAUGAUUCCGACGAUGUCUCCAAUACGGCUCAACAUAAACGGUUUAGGAAUCUUCGCACCCGAGAUGCCUUCUCGGUACCCAGAUUCACCGCCACUGCUGCUCCAGGUCUCGGCGCGCUCGGCUCCCACGGUGACCUGCCUGCUUGACUCACUAACAGUGCAAGCUUCUAUGGACAUUGAGGUCUUUGCCAUGUAUUCUGGCCAGCCAUCGAUCUCCUUAUUCCAGAUACAAGCUGAUUCCCUCACUGGAGUUGAUAUUGUAUUAUCUGAAGAGACUGUGGGAGCCACAAUAUCUGUGAAAAAUUUCUCGCUGUCCUUGGUUCGCUCCAGUGUGGGGACGGUGAAGGUGGAUGCCAUACAGAAAACACUGAACGUUGCCCUGAAAUUUCUCCUUCCACUCCUGAAUGGGCACAUCAAGAAUAUCAUUCCGCUGCCCAUGAACAUGCUCCGCCUCCAGAAUCCUGUGGUCCGCGUUAUGCAGGGGUACGUAUUGAUCAUGACGGACCUGGAGGCGACUCUGUCCUCUCUGGAUUUCAGCAAGCUCUUCGGAUUUGAAGAAUUACAAACAAGUGUUGCUGAAUGAAGAAAAGCUGAAAACAUUCUACCUGUACACUGUAAACUUGCUGUUUUUAAAGUGAUAUUAAAUGCCAAUUGUUUGAUUUUUUAA